AUGGAAGUCCCCAGACCAGACGGACCAGAUGUGAACAGAGGGACAAGCAUCUUCGUUGGAUGCUGGGUAUUGACUGGCUUCGUAUUCUUCGUGCUCCUGUUCCGAUAUGCCGUCAAGUCUUGGAUCUCCUGGCUGCUUCCCAACGUCUCCAAGCCACAGCGCGUAUGGGGUCUCGAGGACUUUUUCUUCGCGCUCGGCUGGCAACGGGGACUGGGAAGGCAUUUCUUCUACCUCACGCCGAUCCAAAAGAACCAAGCCAUGAAAUGGGACUUUGUCUCUCAACCUCUGGCCGUUGCGGCGUCAAUGUGGUCACGGACGGGCGUCAUCCUCUUUCUGUAUACCUGCUUCGCACAGAAUCGGCGGAGUCUCCGAGUCAUCGUCAUCAUCUGCUUCGUGGUGCAGAUUGUGGCAAACCUCUUCACCAUCCUGCAAAUCUUCCUGCAAUGCGGGCCGAAUCCGUACCGACUUGUCGACCGUGCAUCGUACUUUCACUACAUGUGGGAUCCCUUACCAGAAGACGGCUCCGUCGUGUGUCAGGCGCCGUCGGUACAAGCCACGGUGGGAUACGUCCAAGGCGCCUUCAACUGCAUCAUCGACUUCACGCUGACCUAUCUGGCCGGCUUCGAGCUGUGGCAGUUCAUGUUCCGAGGAGCUCAAAGCAGCCGAGAGAAUUCGUUCCUCGCCAGAUUCAAGAGACUAGACCGCGGAAUCCGGACUCAGCGACUGUGGCAGACACUACUGAUCUGCGGUCCAUUGCUGCUGUCGGGUGUGGCAUCGAUCGUCAAGACAUACCUCCUCUCCGCUCUGGGAAGCAGACUGGACUUUACCUGGAACAUUGUCCCGUUCAUCCUCUGGGUCAAAUUCUACCCUUCCAGGAUUGAGAACUACUGCAUCCCGAUCGCCACGACGGCGCCGAUCCUCCGCCUCUUCAUCCGCACCUUCAUCGACCAACGCGGCACCGACCAAGACUACUGCCUCAGUCGGAGCGGCGGUGACGGGCGCAGCGGCAGCGGACUGCGCUCCAAGCUCUCCGGGGCGGGCCACACGAUGGAACUCAGCAGCACGCGGUCUCACGCGCGGUCGCACAUCCGACAAGACAGCAAGGGGUUCAUACACAUGCAAGAGACGGACGAGGCGGGCAGCGAGACGGCGCGGGGGCCGAGCAGACAGGGCUCAGAGAACGAGUUGAUUGUCAAUGAACAUGAAAUCCGCGUCAAGCACGAGUACGAGGUGCGGGUGGAGGAUAAAACCGACGUAUUCGUCCCCGUGGCUGGCGCCGGCGCCGGUACGAAGAGGCCGCGAGUUCGCAGCAACGAUGCCUGGGCUUGA